GCUCUCGGCGUCAGACCACGGGUUGUGUGCUCGAGACGGACAGUGGGCGGGCCCAGUGUGGGAAGGCGGGUCUUAGCCUGCACUUGCAACCAGUCUUGCACCGGAUCGGUGAAGGACCAUCCUUUCCAGCUGAUAUAAAAGGCCAGCGCUGCUGCUGAGGUCACAGUCGCUGAUCGCUCUCCGCUCCAUUACCACUGAACCACCCUCCAGUCUGCAGCCAUGAAGGUGUUGAUCCUCGCCGCGCUGGUGGCCGUCGCCGCCGCCUCUGGCUACAACGCCUACCAGGCCGGCCAGGACUACUACUCGGUCCCUGACUACAGCACUGCCCACGCCGUCCGGGACGUCUACUCAGGAGUCAACGUCGACUCGCAGGAGAACCGUCUCGGGGACCGCACCGAGGGCUCCUACUCGGUGGAUCUGCCCGACGGCCGCAAACAGAUUGUCACGUACUGGGUGGACGGCUACUCGGGAUACAACGCUGAUGUCCAGUAUGUGGGCCAGGCGCGUCAUCCUCAGCCCUAUGGACAGGCUGGCGGAUACGGCCGCGUGUAUUAGGUUGGAUUGUGGAGAGAAAAAGUGAAAGCGACUGUCAAUCAUCAUUGUCUUCUUGGCGUCCCAUGCAUUCUAUUUUAUGUAAAAGGAAAUUCUGCAUUAUCCGUUUUGGAGUGUCCCGUCAUCUUUCUCAUCUCUCGUGUUUUCCGUCAUGAUCUGUGGAUGCGUGUGAGUCCUUUUUAUAAAUUUUCAUAAUAUGGUCGUUCGAGUGUGCGGUGUUCCGUUUGGUUCCGAACGGAAUUGUCAGUAAGGCAGUGAGAAUGCAAAUACAUUGAUUGAAAA